AAGACGGUGAGCUGGCAGCAGAUAUAAUAUACCCCUCUUACUCUCUCCAUCUCAAUCCUCAAUCAAUCAAUUAUCAUCUUCUCAAUUUACCAAUGUAAUGGACCCCAAAAUGUCCUCUUCCUGGGACAUGCUCUCCUCCCCCUCUCAGACCUCCCCGUCUCGCCCCUCCUCCCCGACUUCGGAUAGUAUCGUCGACGCCUCCAAUCCCUUCCACCAGGUUCUCUCCUACGCAGCGCAGGAGUGGGAGUUUCGGAAACGGAACGGCGAAGAGAACGAUGUGAUCGACCGGCUGAUGGAGUUUCAGGGGCUGGAGGAGAUCAAGCAGCAGUUUCUGAAUAUCAAGUCCAAGAUUGAUAUUUGUCAGGGCCAGGGGAGGGAUUUGGCCAAGGAGAGGUUUAGUAUUGUGUUUCGGGGGAAUCCUGGCACUGGAAAAACAUCUGUUGCCCGUCUGUAUGCUGAAUUCCUGCACUCCGUCGGCGCAAUCGACUCAGACGGCUUCAGAGAGACAUCCGGCGUCGACCUCAUCGUGCGCGGGCCGCGCGAUGUACAAUAUGAUUUUGAAAACGAGUCCAAUGGCGUCCUCUUCGUCGACGAAGCAUACCAACUUACAGCAUCCUACAUGGACGCGGUAGGCCGCCAAAUCCUCGACAUGCUUCUCAAAAAAAUGGAAGACGAUAUCGGCAAGGGAGCCGUCAUUUUCGCCGGCUACAAAGACGAGAUGGAGUCAUUCAUCGAGCACAAUCCCGGCCUGUCGAGUCGAAUUCCCUGGACGUUGGAUUUUGUCGAUUUCACCGAGGCUGAACUCUGGCGGAUUCUGUCGGACCGGAUUGAGAAGGAUUACCACGGCCGCAUGAGAGUCGAGGAUGGGAUGGCGGGGAAGCCGAUGCGGAUUGCGGUUCGACGACUUGUGCAGGGUCCCGCGAGACGAUCGUUUGGGAAUGCAAGAGCGGUUGAGAAUCUGCUUUCGCUGAUAUCGGCACGACAGGCGCAAAGACUCGUUAAAGAGAAGCGACUGGGUGGCACACCGGACUACAACUUCUUCACGCAGGAGGACAUCAUCGGGCCGGACCCGAGUGAGGCUGCGGAGCAGUCUCAGGCGUGGAAGGACCUGCAGAAGCUGAUCGGCCUGGAUGCGGUCAAGCAGUCGGUGCAGAAUAUGAUUCAUCUCAUCCAGAGCAACUACAAGCGUGAGAUGAAGGAGGUGAAGCCGCGACGAUUGCCGCUGAAUCAGCUGUUUGUUGGCCAGCCGGGAACGGGCAAGACGACGGUAGCGAAGCUGUAUGGACGGAUUCUGGCGGAUCUGGGAUUGCUGAGUCGGGGUGAUGUGGUGGUAAAAACACCGGCAGACUUCAUCGGCGCCGCAUUGGGCCAAUCCGAAAUGAAGACGAAGAAACUCCUCGACGCAACAGUCGGCAAAGUCCUCGUCAUCGACGAAGCAUACAUGCUGGACGCAGGCGACACCAACAAAGACCAGGACAAGUUCAAAACCGGCGUCAUCGACACCAUCGUCGCCAACAUCCAAGGCGACCCCGGCGAAGACCGCUGCAUCAUUCUCAUCGGCUACGAGGAUAAAAUCCGCAACAUGUUCCACAACGUGAAUCCCGGUUUAUCGCGACGUUUCCCGACUGAACGACCGUUCCACUUUGAGAAUUACUCUCUCUAUCAGCUGGAGCAAAUGCUGCAGUUGAAGAUGCGUGAGCAGGAAAUCGACUGUACGCCUGAAGCGCUCAAGGUUGCGCGUGACAUGUUUGAGCGGGCGUUGAUGCGGCCGAAUUUCGCCAAUGCGAGUGAAGUCGAGAGCUGUCUUGCUACGGCCAAGGCGAACUACGAGGCACGGCUGUCGUCUAGCAAAACGCUAGACGGGGAGUUCUGCGACGAUAAUCUCGAGCCGCAGGAUUUCGACCCGGACUUUGAGAGUAAAAAUGUCGACUGUCGACAGUUGAUGGAGGGCAAGGUGCAGAGUAGCAUUGUCGAGAAGAUGGUCGCAUAUCAGAAUCGGUACUUUGGGGCGAAGAAGUAUGGCUUGAAUCCGAGGGAUCAAGUGCCUACGAAUCUGAUCUUCAAGGGUUUCCCAGGAACUGGCAAGAAAACAACCGCCCACUGCAUGGGCCAAAUCCUCUACAACAUGGGUUUCCUGUCGACAUCAGAAGUCAUCGAAUGCUCAGCCACAGACAUGCUAGGCGAAUACGUCGGUCAGACAUCGCCCAAAACCAAGAAACUGCUUCAGAAAGCACUCGGCAAAAUCCUCUUCAUCAGCGAAGCCAACCGUCUCCACCACGGACAAUACGCCGGCGAAGCCCUCGACGAGAUGGCGCAGUUCCUCACGCAGUCCGCGCACGAGGGCCGCAUGGUGGUGAUUCUCUCCGGCGACGCCGCGGAGAUGAAUACCCUCAUGGCGUCGCGGUCGACGCUGUCCGGUCUGUUCACCGAGGAAAUCAUGUUCAACCAUCUCAAGCCGACAGAGUGUAUUGCCAUUCUGAAUGAUCGGCUGGGCGAUAGCCGGCUGCCCUUCAAGUCGGACUUUCUCAGUAACAAGAAUUCGCCUGAAUAUAAAAAAGUGCGAAACGCACUCUCUGUCCUCCGUGACACACCAGGCUGGAGUAACGCGCGCGACAUGAAGGCUCUCGCGCAGCAAAUCACCGGCCGCUUCCUCGAUGCCAUGUCGCAGUCGGAUAAGUCGUUAGUCUCGACGGAGCUGGUGAUUGAGUGUAUCCAGGAGAUUACAGAGCUGCGCAAGAGUCGGUAUAACACUGAAGCUCCUCCCAAGGAGGAAGAGCCACCUACGCCCGCACCGCCUCUGACACCUAAAGAGCCUGAAAAGGACGAGAAAAAGGAGAAGGAGAAGGACGAAAAGAACAAGAAAGAAACAAAGAAGGUCACCAUCAGCGAAAAAGACAAAGUCAACCCGCCUCCCAAGCCCAAACAGUCGCAGUCUCCCAAGCAGACGCCGACCCCACGAGAAUCCCCCCGCCAGUCCCCCCGAGGCUCUCCCCAAAACCCAUACAAACCCCUCGACAACGACAGAUCCAGAUCGCACUCCAAAGACCACCCAUCUCACCCAUCUCAUCCUUCAUCGCAUCCCUCCUCCCACGAAUCCUCCCGCUCCCGCUCCCACUCCACCACCAAACCCCCAUCUCCCCAAAUCAUCCCCCUCACCCCCCCCUCCGUCCGCGAACCGAACACCAAAGACUCCGACUGGAAAGAACUACAAGCGGCCAAACUCACCCACGAGGAAGAAAUCCAAGACCGCGAACGCAAAGUCGGCAUCCUGCAGACCGCCCUCCGCGACGCAAAGGCACUACGACGACACAGCACAGGCUCGAAAAAAGCCAUGCUCUGCGCCGAGUGCGACUCGCUGAAGAUCCAGCUCGAGCCGAUCCAUAGGCAGAUUCGCGAGGAGAAGCGCAUCCAGGUCGCGCUGGAGGCGAAGGAUCGGUGUGUGAAUCGCUAUGCGUGGGUGAAGGUUUCUGGGGGAUAUAGGUGUCAUGGGGGGGAGCAUUUUAUCUCGGAGAGGGAGGUUUAUUAGAUGUGAUGAGAAUGAUUAGAUGACUAGAUUGUAUACCCGUUUAUGAUGUAUUGAUACAUACCAUGAAUUGCAUUUUAUGAUUAGACACAAUAUGGCCUUGUCAGAUUAUCC